GCGGGCAGGAAAAUAAUUGCCGGCUGCAGGUUAUUGGCUGGCUGAGCUGGUGCUGAGCUGCUGUUGUUCCAGCACGGGGAGGAUGCUGCAGAAGGAGAGAGAGAAGCAAGCUGCAGAUCUAACGGCUGAUUCCUUGUCUCUCUGAUCCAGCAAACAUCUGCACAGAACGAGCAGGGAGGGAAACACCGGAUCUGUUUCUUUAUUCUGAAGGAGGGACGACAAAAAGAGCAGCAGCGGCAGGAGGGGGGGCGCUGAGAGGAAGAUUUGCCCAGACCAGGAUCACCUUCCCCCUCGGGGAAAUCAAGGAGGGGAUGCUUCUUAAAACAUCUGGAAAGGUGAAACUUGUGGAUCUUAAAUGAGAUUUAAAAGAAAAUCAUUGCAGAUGAUUUUAAUUUUUACCAGCAGCUGGAGAGAAAUGUUGGAGGAGCAGAGGACAGCCAGAGAGGAGGAGGUCUGACGGUCUGAAAAACAAAACCAGGAUCCAUGAGAGUCUGCAGGGAGGAGCAGGAGGAUUGGUUUGGCCUUCACGCUGAUGUUUGCUGAAACUAAAAGCUCUGUUCACGUCUGUGGGUCGUCACUCCUGCAGGAGGACUUCAGAGAUUUAAUGUUUCUUGUUCCUGCUCAGCGGAGGAUCUAAACACACCUGGAUUUCAAUGAGAGAGCAGUUUGAGCACAGAACCUGAAAAUUCUCCAGAGUAAAGUGUUAUGUUUGUGUCUGGUGGCUCCUGAGGGAUGUACAGCAGCAUCUCUCCUUUAAAUCUCUUUUCAGGUUUUAAGAAGAGACUCUUUGAGGGUCUACGAGUUUAAUUUCUGCAUAAAAAGCACAAAGCAGCUUUAUAGAUUGGGGGAUUACAACAUUUGUCUUUUUGUCUUUUUCAUGGGGUUUUUUUAUCCUCAUGAAUCUCUUCCCUCUACUCAUCAUCUAACCGGCGUCCCUGAGAGGAAUGUGUGGAGCAGGUGUUGAUGACAGAUAACAGCUGCACAGAGGCCGAGUUAGACUCUCAGUGAGUCACAGACGUGAUGUUCAGUGACAGCAGCAGCAGGUAACACAGGCUGAGCGUCUUUGCUGUCAGUCAUUUUAUUCUGACAGAGCGUCUGUGGACGAGCGAUGCCUUCAUUAAAGUCAAAUCUUUUAAAAUAAUUUUUUUUUAGUUAACAUGAACAAAAACACCCACAGCUGAAAUCUACUUCCAACAUUUUCAGAUUUUCAACAUGUGACAUCACGAUAGAAACCUUUGAGAGCCGAUGACUGAGCUGCAGGUCGACUUUAAUAAAGUCGUAAAGUGCAAGGAUACCCAUGUAUGGUUCAGGAAAAAUCUUUAAAGAAAUCCCUGAGAGAUUAAAAAUAAGUCUGCGAUAUGAUAUUGUAGUCAUGAAGACACAAAGAGACAAAAAGGAGCGGGAAGAGGAAAUGAACUCAUUAUUUAUAGAAACUAGAUGAAACUUCACAUGAGCACAAAAAUCUGACUUGAAUCUUGACAUAGAAACAUUUCCUCUGCUGUGAUUUGUCAGCAUUAUUUAAGGACACAUUUGCAAACUUCACAUUGAUUGAUUUAUCGAUCAGAGACUAAAAGAUGAGAUGGUCGAUUAGAAAAUGUUCUUAAAUCAGUAGAAAACACUGUCCUGUGUUCAAGAAGCACAAACUUUAUUCAGAUGAAUGUUUAAUGUACGAACCCGAACCCUUUAGUCUCAACAGAAAGAUGCAGCUGCUUUCAUCUCGUCUUUGGGUGUUUUAACAUUUCAGAGUCCUUUAUUGUAUAAAAGUCAAAAAGAAAAACAAAACUUAAAACCAUCAGAGGGGAACAUCUGACCCUCCUUUUAAUAUCACAACAUAUGAGCCAUGUCUCUGGCACUCUGGUUUGAUAAAACUCAGUCUGUGCUUCAAUGAAUAAUCAGUUAGAAAAACUUGAAUAUAAAUAUUAAAUGAAUCCUUUCUUUCUGCUCCACAAACACAAAUCUUUCUGUUCUGAUUCUCUUUUAAACACUCAUUCAGAUUUCAGACUCAACAAACAGACGUUUAUUUGUUCUCCCAUCAGACUUCAGAUGAUUUAUUAAAAGUGAUGAAACUGUUUGUUUCUCUUCAUGUGUAAUCUAUCGUCAGUUUGUCCUUGUUUCCUCUUCAGGAGGCAAAACAAAUUUAGUUAAAAAUAUUCAAUAUUUACUAAACAUUAAGAAGAUGCAGAGACAGAGGAUGAAGGAAGGAGGAAUUAAAGAAGAAGAGACAGAGGGGCGGAGGCAUUGAAAGACGCAGAGACAUACAAAAGAGGACAGAGGAAGGAGGAAUUAAAGACACAGAGAUACAGGACGGAGGACGCAGGACAGAGGACGGAGGAGACAGGACGCAGGACGCAGGACGGAGGACAGAGGACAGAGGACGCAGGAGACAGGACACAGGACGGAAGACGAGUGUGAAACGUCAUUAUGGGCUGCAAUAUGUGUGUGGUCAAACGUCCGGAGGAGCAGUACAGGAUCAUGUUCCAGCAGAAAGGCUCUCUGCGGCCAAUGGACAGACAAGGAAAUACAAAGGUCAGAGGUCGCAGAUCCUCUCAGCCUCCGCUUGACAGACUACAAAACUCCCAGGAGCCUUUGCAGCAGCCUGGGUCUGUCCGAAAGAGUCACAGACGAAAAGGUGUCACUAACAUCAGACACCUGCUGAUCUCUUUCCCCUCGUCAUAUCACCCGACUCUUCCUCUCGUCUCUUUCCCCUCGUCAUAUCACCCGACUCUUCCUCUCAUCUCUUUCUCUUCCUCCAGAGAGAUAUUCAUCUUCUUUACAGGAUAUAAUGUUUUUAAAUAUUUGACAUAUACUAAGAAAUACCUCCAAAAUGACCUUAAAACCUCCUUUGACUCUUUAAGUGAUGUUUUUGACCUCUCAGGAAUGUUAGUCUGCAGCGGGAGCGGGACCGCCAGCAGCUCCAUCUAUUCUGUUGCCAUGAUAACAAUCCCGGACUGCGUUGACAACGCAACGCAAACCGACAUCAGCUUCCACAACAUCAUGACUGUUGGGAGGAGCAGAGGUGACCACCAUGGCUCCUCCUCCCCCCCUCCUCCUCCUACCUCUCCCCCGCUGCCUCAUCUCGUGGGACCGUACGGGAUCAAUGAGUUCUGUAUGUUUGACUACAACGACCCCGACGACUACUUGGACGUGUCCAACCAUGAGGUGGACAGACAGGACAGCCUGGAGUACGAGGAAGUGGAGCUCUACAAAUCCAGUCAGCAGGACAAGCUCGGUCUGACCGUCUGCUACAGGACGGACGACGAGGACUAUCUAGGGAUUUAUGUUGGAGAGGUGAAUCCAAACAGCAUAGCAGCAAAGGACGGACGAAUCAGAGAGGGCGACCGCAUACUGCAGAUUAACGGAGUUGACGUUCACAACAGAGAGGAUGCGGUCGUCAUAUUGACCCGAGAGGACAGCAUCAACUUCUCCCUGCUGCUUGCUCGACCCGAUACAGAGAACGAGCACCCUGUGGAUCCAGAGGAGGUCAUGGAGCGGACUCUGGAGAGCGGAUGUUCCCACCCAAACCCCCGAGCCUCCUCCUGCUCCGUCACCUCCUCUCACCUCUCUGGAUAUUACCACCUCUGCCGUGGAGUAGGAGGAGAAAGUAAAGAAGCAGGCGGGGACAUGGAAGAGGAGGAGGAGGAGGAGGAAUAUGGGGAGGAAGCAGAGAGAGGAGAGAAGGAGGACGGAGCGUCUCCUGUGCCCCUCCCUCCUCUGCUCAACCUGGCUCCUCAGCUAUCUAACAGUCAGGAGCUGGACAGCGGAGUGGGCCGCACCGAUGACAGCACUCGUUACGAGGAGUCGUCUGAACACGACCUGCUGGGUGAUCACUCCAGCGCCUGUAACACCAACACCACCAACACACCUGGCAGCACCCGCAAGUUCAGAGCUGCACCCAGCCCAAGUCCUAGACCCAGCCCCGGCCUAGGUCCUAGUCCAGGGCACGGCAGAGGAGACACCACCCCUACUUUCCUCCACCUACGAGACCUCCAGUUCAGCUCUGACUCCCUCCCCAGCCUGGACUGGGCAGCUGGAGGAGGAACAGGAGGAGCGGCAUGCAGUCCCCAUAAGCAUCACCUCCACAAGCACUACCACCUCAAUCACCACCAGCCAUCUCUGACCAUGAUGAUGCCGGGCCUGACCGAGGAAGAGUGCCAGAGGUACCAGGAGCUGCAAGAGAUCAAGUGUGAGUACGAGAGAGAGAUGGAGAAACGGCAGAGAGAAACAAAACAAGAACACAUCAAAGCAGAGUUGAACGACCAGGGACGGAGAGCAGAGGCGGGGACGGAGGGAGAGGAGGAAGCCUCUUCUUCUUCUCCAUUUGUGGUGGAUGUGAACUGCAACCCAACACCGAGUGAGCACGAGAUGGCGCUGAUUGAGGAGGAGUUACGCCACCUGGAGUUCAAGUGCAGAAAUAUCCUGAGAGCUCAGAAGAUGCAGCAGCUCAGAGAGAGAUGUCUGAAGGCCUGGAUGAUGGAGGAGGACACAGUGGCAGGUGGAGCAGGGCGACCCGGCACACCUGAAGCAGGUAUGGAUAACGAUGAUGAUGACCUCCAUCGUCACGAGUUGUCGGCUAUAAACGAGCUCCCGGAACGAGAACGGUCUGACGACAAAGACAGCACCAGCGCCUACAACACCGGAGGAGAGAGCUGCCGGAGCACGCCAUUAGUCAGCACUGAGCAGAUCCCGCCUCUCCAGGAAGAAGAAGAUGAGGGAGUCAGACGACUGAUGUCUCCACCUCCUUUUCUCCCCCUCAGUCGCCUCCCCCCUUUGAACUCUCCGCUCACCCCCCGGCGUCAUGGGCAGGACAGAGACAGAGAGAGACGACACUCAAACCUCAGCUACACCUUCUCCCCCAGCACUUACAGGCAAUAUGAAAGAGCCAAUGGCAGUGUGGAUUGCGGCUCCAGCUCCACCCCCUCUACACCUUCCAAGUUCAGGUCCCUAACAAGAGAAGUGGGGUUAUCUUCAAGAAGGGGUGUGGCUGAUGGAGGGCGAGGCUCCAGAGCAGGUGGUGUCCCCAACAGGCCUGGAGGUGGAAGUGCAGAUUCCAGUCCAUAUUUCACCAGAAGGCACCACAGCGGCAGUAAACCGUUAGAGCGCUACCAGAGCUGCAUGACCCUGCCCUCUGAGGGGCUUGUGGACCCUCUGGACCGGGUGAGGGAUAGACCCAGGGCAGAGGGGGAGGAGAGAGGGGUGGGCACAGGUAGCAGUGGCCCAGCAAGCCCCAGGAGUGUGAACAGUGCCCCCUGUGGUCUGGAUGAUCACCGUGCAUCACGGUUAGGACUGGCUUUACCACUCGGACUGACGCAAUCAUCAGCAACUGCUUCACCUCAGCGCAUGGAAUGGAAGGUUAAGGUCCGCAGCGAUGGCACUCGAUACGUGGCCAAGCGGCCGGUGAGGGAUCGUCUCCUGAAGGCGCGAGCAAUGAAGAUCAGAGAGGAACGCAGCGGUAUGACGACGGAUGAUGACGCUGCCAGUGAGAUGAAACAGGGACGAUACUGGAGCAAAGAGGAGAGGAAGCAGCAGCUGUUGAGAGCAAGAGAAUACCGACGAAGACGAGAGUUCAUGAUGCAGAGCCGCCUCGACUACCUCAAAGGAGACAGGGACUCUUCAUUGUUUAUGGGGGGAGGAGACGACCUUCAUACAGACCAGGUUCAGCCCCGACAAGACUCCUCCAACAAUAACAUCCUGUUACUGAGCCAGAAGACGACCAUGAAGAAGAGGAACCGACGGAUCCUCGACAACUGGAUCACCAUCCAGGAGCUGCUGGCUCAUGGCUCCAGAUCACCCAACGGAAAGAAAAUCUACAACCCCCUGCUUUCAGUGACCACAGUGUGAUCUGUAGACAGAGAUAAAGUUAUAAAAGAAAACAAUGUUUAAUGGCUGGAUGGGAGAUAAGAAGACUUAGGUAAGGCUUUAAAGGACAAAAAGAGGGAUUCAAAACAUUUCGGUUUCUAGAGGAAAGAAUUUGAGGAAGACUAUGACGAUGGAGAUAUGGGGAAAGAGUGGUAGAAGGAAAAGGGGAGCCAAGAUACAUGACCAGUCUGAGAUUGUGCUUUAAAAGGGAGAGUAACAAAAAGUUGAAGAGAACCCCAAAGCACAAAAAUUAUAAGUUGGAAAUAUGUCUUGAACUGUGCAUGAAACUGAAAACAGGAACUACUAAACAACUUUAAAUGUAAGAGAAGUGAACAAACAGCAGAACGCUGAAUCUGGAAAUAUAGGAGCAUCUUUAGUUGAAUUGUUGGAUGUCCUUUUUGGUUGGACUCUCGUAACAUUUUUAAUGAGGAAAUAAUUCAAUUCAAUUUUCAAUUCAAUUUAUUUUUGUAUAGCGUCAACUCAUAACAAGUGUCAUCUCAAGACACUUUACAAAAAGCAGGUAAAAUACGUUACUCUUUGUUAACAUUACGAAAGAGCAGGUAAAAAGCCCUUACUUAUUGCUAUAUUACAAAGACCUGGCCUAUCCAUCAUGAGCACUUUAGCAAA